UCCAGUUAUUCUUCUCUUCCCUUCUUCUUCUUCUUCUUCCUCCUCCAUCAUAUCACCAUUUCUCUUUCUCUGCAGCAGAAUAUUUCAUCUCUUCUCCUUACGCUUUCUCUAACUAAGCAACAUGGCGGCCAUGACAGAGCUCUAUGUUUCAUACCCAAACACCACUCUUCACUCUCAAUCGCAAUUGCACUUCUCCUACUCAUCCACCACUCAUUUUUCCAAGCACCGCCGUAUUUCUAUUAGAACUCUUCCUCCCACGCGAAACAAACUAGUUUCAUGUUCUAUUGCUCCCAAUCAGAUCGAAUCUCCACCUACUGUUCUUACUGAUGACUCUAAGAAGAAGCCUGAAUGCUAUGGAGUCUUUUGCCUUACGUAUGAUUUAAAAGCUGAAGAUGAGACCAAAUCUUGGAAGAAGUUGAUCAAUAUUGCUGUUUCUGGUGCAGCUGGAAUGAUUUCUAAUCAUUUACUUUUUAAGCUUGCAUCUGGUGAGGUCUUUGGGCCCGAUCAACCUAUUGCAUUGAAACUGUUAGGCUCUGAAAGGUCACUCCAAGCUCUUGAAGGAGUUGCUAUGGAACUAGAGGAUUCAUUGUUUCCUUUGUUGAGGGAAGUCAGCAUUGGUAUAGAUCCUUAUGAUAUAUUCCAAGAUGUAGAAUGGGCACUUCUAAUUGGCGCCAAACCUCGAGGUCCUGGAUUGGAACGUGCCGAUCUACUAGACAUAAAUGGGCAGAUUUUUGCGGAACAGGGAAAAGCUUUAAAUGCGGUAGCAUCACGCAAUGUGAAAGUGAUGGUGGUGGGAAACCCCUGCAACACCAAUACAUUAAUUUGUAUGAAAAAUGCUCCAAAUAUACCUGCAAAGAACUUCCAUGCUCUCACCAGAUUAGAUGAGAACAGAGCAAAAUGCCAGUUGGCCCUCAAGGCAGGUGUUUUCUACGACAAAGUAUCAAAUAUGACCAUUUGGGGAAACCACUCAACCACUCAGGUUCCGGAUUUUUUAAAUGCUAGAAUACUUGGCGUACCUGUAAAAGAGAUUAUCAAGGACACAAAAUGGCUGGAGGAAGAGUUCACUGAAAAGGUUCAGAAGAGAGGAGGAGUUCUUAUUCAGAAAUGGGGAAGAUCUUCUGCUGCAUCCACAGCUGUGUCGAUUGUUGAUGCUAUAAAGUCUCUCAUAACUCCAACACCAGAGGGCGAUUGGUUUUCUUCUGGGGUUUAUACUAAUGGAAACCCAUAUGGUAUAUCUGAGGGCCUGGUUUUCAGCAUGCCAUGCCAAUCAAAGGGGGACGGAGAUUAUGAAUUUGUGAAAAAUGUAAUAUUUGAUGACUACCUUCGUCAGCGAAUUGCCAAGACUGAAGCUGAGCUAAUGGCGGAGAAAAGAUGUGUGGCGCAUCUCACCGGAGAGGGUAUUGCUGUGUGUGAUCUACCUGGGGAUACUAUGCUUCCAGGAGAAAUGUAAGUGUUUCCAGUACACAAAAUUGCAUUUAAAGAUGGUUACAGAUUUUAUCCAGGUAUGUAGAGUUUCUCUUAUUGGAAUAUCUUCUUCUGCCAUAGAAGAAGAAAAUGUAAUUUAUAUGAGGAACAGUUUAUUUCUAUUUAUGUUAUCAAAUGCAUUAUUGUUGUACACUAAAAAGACAAGCUUACAAACGUAUGCCUUCCAAUAAAUGGACACGAAUGUUAUGAUGA